AUGAUUAUUUUAAAACUUGUAUGCAUUAUCUUUCCAGGUCGGCAAAAGACAUCUGCCCAAACAAGUCCAUCAGUGAAUUUCCAGAAGCUUUUUACUAGAUUUGGUCACCAGGAAGAAGAAGCAGUUUCGGCGUUUGACUUUCUGGACCAAUUUUCAACGUCAAGCGCCAAUUCUGAACCACCCCUCACUGCCAACAUUGCUGAUUACAUCAGCAAUCUACCACAAGAAUUGCAGAAUUACUCUCCUCUUUCAGAUCCAGACAUUACACCUCAGGCAUCUCCAACGAAACAACACAAAACUAAGAAAUAUCAGCCGCCAUCAAUGAAAGCUUUGAAGCACAUGGAAAACUGCAGCCGAAGUAACCAAGCCAAGGCGGCCGCUGCCAGCACUGCUGCUGCCCCUGCUCCGGUGACAUCAAAUCGAGAUUUGUGCCGGAGUUAUUCAACAUGUUCUUUGGAGUCCCCUGAAGAUGGAUCAGCCAGUAAUUUGUCACUCAGUGAUUCAUGCUGUGAAUGA